GUUUACUGAAUCAUAAUGGUUCCAAAGCCGAGCGGGAUGUCGAGCAAGUACAUGGAGGAAGGCAUGUAUGAGGGAAUGCGCCAACAGCAGCAGCACUACUGUAUAACGCUGGGCGUGGGGCCUCUGUGGUGGUCCGAUGCGCCCCAUGCCGCCUUGUCUGUCUCAACAGUCAACACAGAGAGCCGCGGCGUGGGGAUUAAGCAGAGUCAGCUCUCUGUGAGCUCCCAAAUUGUUCAAGAGAAUGAACUAUUAAAUGAAUUAAAGAAGCAUGAAUCAAUGCGCAUAACAUUCGCGCUCCAAUUGACCGAAAGCACUUGCGUUAAGUGGGAAACAGUCGUGUGGAAGGGUUGUCUCUACAUCCAAGUUCCUAGCUGUCUUCUUCCGGAGGGUUCGAAAGAGGGCUUUGUUUCUCUUCUCGAAUAUGCGGAAGAAACUCUCAACUGCACCAACGUUGUUGUAUGCCUGAGGAAGGAUCGCUCCGAUCGAGCAAUGCUCGUUCGAACCUUCAUGUUCCUUGGCUUCACAGUCUUACCACCAACCCAUGCACUCGUGCCACCCGGCAAUGAUUCUGGCAAUCUUUACAUGCUCUAUGCUAUCGAGUAAUCCACCAACUACUUCACUUCACUUUUAAAUCUAACUCAAAGGUACCAGUUUUAUUCAUUAAUGAUAAGGCAUGUUGGAGUCAAUUGCAGGGAAUUGAAAAGAGAAAGAAAAAUUCGUUAUAAUUUGUUAUAUUAAUGUUUUUCGUUUGCUGCCCGCGCCAUAUGCUGCAAUUUUCUUGAUAUUUCUGGAAAAUUGCUAAGCAGCAAUUUUAAUUUUAUUCGUUAUUUCGAUUUAAAAUUGUUCAGCUACAAAACUGGUGAAUGCUCAAUUAUUGUAGCCUUCUACCAACAUGUAUACUGUUACCUAUGAGUUAAGUUUAAGAAAUUGAAGUAUACAACAAAGAUAGUCAUGCUUAGAGCUUCAAAGAUAGAAAUUCAAAUUGUUAAAUUAUCAUUCUCUUGAACAAUGUUAAUAAUGAUGAAACAUCCAAUUAUUAUACGCUCACAAAAUAUCCCACGUCUUGAAUGCUGCUUGAACACUUGACCAUUCUCAUUUAACAUGUCGUAACAUCCUAGAAACGUUAUGGUAAGAUUGAUGAGCUAGCAGUAUUAAAUUUAUUAUUGAUUAAACUUUGCGUUAAUCGUGGCAGGUUGGGAGUUAUUAUAAUUUAUCAUUUCACCGAAUAUUAAUGAAACUUUAUUAUUAUACUAUUAAUCAUAUAUUAUAUAUUAUUAUUAUUGUUAUUGUUAUUGUUAUUCUUACAUGUAAGUAAACAAGAUAUAAUACAUUAGCUACUUCAACAUUUUUCAGCUGAUACAAUCAAAUUGCAAUAUUAACAACUUUUCGUUCGUUCUUAGAAGGUGAUUAAUACCAGAGAUUUACCAAAUUUUUUAACAACAUAUGCAGCUAAUCAGUUAAAAUAUACCAAUACUUGCACUUUGCGCUUUAUGCUGAUGAAUUAUUACCAAUUUUCAAAUAUGUCGCACAAUUUUUGUGAUCUUAGCAAUCGACACGAUUUAUAUAACAUAUAUGCAAGUGUUGAAUACUUGAACACAGUUUUCAGCAAAUGGCAACUAUUUCAUGUUUGUGUGAAGACGUAUGUAAUACCAUUCCUCACUUCCCUGAAUGUUACUUGGUAAGCCUUUUGAUAGACGCCAUCAAUCGAUAAUUUACGUACAGAUCACCAGAAAGUAAUGCAAUCUUGUGAUUUGUAUUAGGUGCAAAGCAUUGGCUAAGAUAUAUCUGCAGAACUCAUUGCAAUUAUUGUAUGUUGUGGACACUGCAAGCAUAUUGUUGAGUAUUUUAUUCAUUCUAGGUAUUAGUUUACAAUUCAUUUUAUUAGAAGUAAUCAACUUUAUUUUAGAUUUUAAGUAUGAUUAUUUGAUAACUCCCAAUACAUUAACACUUAAAGAAUUCUUGAUAAUGAAUACGCCUCUGAAGUUGAGUUGGCGCAGACAAGU